GCGAGUGGUCCGCCGGCAGCGGACGCACGGUCACCGGAGGCUCGCGCCACCGCCCGUGCCGCAGCAGCAGCAACACACGUGCUCGCGCCGCUGAACGCCAGCCGUAAGUGCCGCGCGACCAGUGGCGGCCACCCGUAAGCCGAGGGUCAUCGCGAGACCACAGAGCGAGCCAUGGGCAAGAAGAACAGCAAGCUCAAGAAGGAGGUCGUCAACCAGCUCGUCAAUGAGACCUACUUUACCGAAAAAGAAAUUCGACAAUGGUACAAGGGAUUUGUGAAAGACUGUCCUUCGGGGCAUCUCACUGAGCAGGGAUUCCUGAGGAUAUACAAGCUCUUCUUCCCCCAGGGAGACCCUUCUAAGUUUACUUCGCUCAUUUUCCGGGUCUUCGAUGAGAACAAGGAUGGUGCUAUCGAGUUUGAAGAGUUCAUCAGAGCGCUGUCAGUGACGUCAAGAGGGAACGUAGAAGAGAAGUUAGACUGGGCAUUUAGACUCUAUGACGUGGACAGUGACGGCUUCAUCACCCGAGAAGAGAUGUACAACAUCGUCGACGCCAUUUACCAGAUGCUGGGAAACCAAGCGAAGGAAAACGCCGAGGAGUCUCCCCGGGAGAGGGUGGACAAAAUAUUCGAACAACUGGACAAGAACCACGACAACCAGCUGACCCUGGACGAGUUCAAGGAAGGCUCGAAGCAGGACCCCAAGAUCGUGCAGGCCCUGUCUCUGUAUUCUGCUUGAACGGCCGCUUCCUUUUCUCGCUCGCUCUCCCCUUGGGCCUACGCACGAAGAAGACGACUACGACAGCCAGCAGCAGCAGAAGCAGCAGCAGCAGCAGCAGCAAUACUAACUUGCCCUCGGAGAGCCGCCUUGCACCCUGCUCUUCCUUUUACCCCCUACACUGUUUCUCUUCCCCAGACCUUACUUACUUCUUUCUUUCGUCUGGCCUCGUCUUUCCUAUGCGUUGUGCCGAGGGGCGGGUUUCCUUUUGCGAACGGUAAACGACGGGCGACGGAGUGAAGACAGCUGCAUCCCGACGGCCGCAGCACUGACGGCGCUGUGCGGCGCCGCUGAAAUGCGAAUCCGACCGAAUCGCCCGGGUGGGACAGCCACCCGAGCGUUGAACGACCCCGUACAGUCGAUGCUGACGGGCGCAGGGAGAGCGUAUUUGUCAUAUCUUCGUUUGAUGAAAACGACGCACCAUGAUAGCUA